AACCCACUCUCCCAUCACCCAACUUCGCCGUAUUCGCUUCCAACAAAAGCGUUCCCCCUUCCCAGCUAAGGUACUUCCCGGGCACAAAAUCCGUCCGACGCUGAACCUGGUGCAGCCUAGCAACAAUAUAUCUCCAGAUAUCCAAAUCUCAAAAUCGGUACUCGUCUCAAAAUCUAAAGUGGCGCUCGAGUUUCCAUAAACAAGGAGCACAACAUGUAAACAGCACAGGUCGUACCAUGGAUCAUCGAACAGUGCUUGUGGUACUCUCCUUGAACUUCCUAGUGGCUGCAGUUCCCGUCAGACGAGACUCAAAAGCGGCCACUUGUAACGCCUGCCAUCCGACCGUUGAGGGGAAAAUCAACGUUCAUUUGAUCCCGCAUUCGCACGAUGAUGUCGGGUGGCUGAAGACCGUGGAUCAGUACUACUACGGGUCUGGAGUUUUUACUAGCUAUGAGACUGCAGGAGUGCAGUACAUUAUCAGCUCCGCCGUGGACGCUCUACGGAGUCAUCCUGACAGAAGGUUCAUCCAGGUCGAGACCGCCUUCUUCUGGAAAUGGUGGCGGAACCAAAACGAUGCAGUGCGGCAGGACGUGGUUGAUUUGGUUAAUAAUGGACAAUUGGAGAUUAUUAAUGGGGCUUGGUCCAUGAAUGAUGAGGCGGCGUCUCAUUACCGCUCGACCAUAGAUCAGUUUACUUGGGGCUUCCGGUUCCUAAAUGAUACUCUGGGGGAAUGUGGACGGCCGAAAAUUGGAUGGCAGAUUGAUCCUUUUGGUCACAGUAGGGAACAUGCGUCGCUUUUGAAUCAGUUGGGCUUUCAAGGGUUGAUUAUUGGACGUAUUGAUUUCAGGGAUAAGGAGAAAAGGAGGGCGAACGGCAAUUUGGAUUUUCUGUGGCGGGCUAGUGACAACUUGGACAACCCAAACCUCUUCACAUCCAUGUUCCCCGACUUCUACGUGUCCGAGCCCGGCUUUUGCUUCGACAUGAUUUGCAACGAGCGCCCAAUCAACGACGACGAAGAAAGCCCCGACUACAACCUAAAACAAAAAGUCGACCAAUUCGCACAACGCAUGGACACCUACAUCUACUACUACUCCACCUCCAACCUCCUCAUCCCAAUGGGCGGAGACUUCAACUACCAAGCGUCCGAAAUCAACUUCUCCAAUCUAGACAAACUCAUCAAAGGCUUCAAAAACCACACCAAAUACAACGUAUUCUACUCAACCCCAUCGUGCUACAUUCAGGCCGUUAAUAACGAAAUCAGCAAAAACUCGAUGAAACUGACUACGAAAUCGGACGACUUUUUUCCAUAUGCGUCAGACCAGCACGCCUUCUGGACCGGGUACUUCACGUCAAGACCCACUUCCAAGAGGUACGAAAGACAAGGCAGCGGUGUUUUGCAGAGCGCUAAGCAGCUGGCAGCGUUUUCCAAAACUUUUGGCAAAGAUGUAGAUGAAUCGUUGAAUGAGUUGAGGGCUGCGAUUGGGAUAAUGCAGCACCAUGAUGCUAUCACUGGUACUGAAAAGCAAGCAGUGGCGGAUGACUACGCCCGCUUGGUGAGUAAAGGUCUGGCGAAAGCGGAGGCACCUGCUGGACGAGUAGUCGGCACCCUUUUGAAGAAGGAGUCUGCAGCGGAAGUCGAUUUGGCUCUUAGUACUUGUCUUUUGUCAAACGUGAGCAUUUGCUUGACGUCCCAAAAAGACAAAUUCAUGGUGGUGGUACAAAACCCAUUGUCACGACUAAUCACUCACUAUGUGCGGCUGCCCGUCGAUGGUACUAGUUAUAGAAUCACGGGUCCUGAUGGUGAAGAAGUUUACGACGUUUUUGACACUAUUCACAGUUUUGACUAUGUACAAGAGCAAGUAGUACCGAGUUCCAAAGAGUUGGUUUUUGCGGCUCGCAAUGUACCGCCUUUGGGGAUCAAACUGUACUAUGUUGAAAAAACUGACGCUGCUUCCAGUUACAAACCCUUCAAAAGUGGUACUAGUGGUGACGAUUAUUUCGGGACGGAGAUGAACGGGUUCACCGUUGACGGAAGUACUGGAAGGUUGUCCUCUGUUACUCUAAGAGGUGGUACCUUGGGUAUUACGCAAGACUUUCUUUACUACACGGGUUCAAACGGGAACAACGGUGGUGCUGAAAAUCGGGCUUCCGGUGCCUACAUUUUCAAACCAACGAAAAUUGAGGCAGUACCUAUUGUGACAAAUAUUUCAGAUUUUAAAAGUGCUAGAGGGAAUCUAUGUGAUGAAUUUAUCCAGGUUUUGAAUAAUGAAGUCAGCCAGAUUAUUCGGGUGUACAAAGGGGAUGACGAUGCCUAUAUCGAGUUUGAUUGGUUGGUGGGAAAUCUUCAAUUUAUUGACCAAAAGGGUAAAGAAGUGAUAACAAGAUUUAUGGUGAGCGAUUUUUCGAACGACGGAGUUUUCUGCACGGAUUCUAACGGACGCGAGCAAAUCAGAAGACAACUAAACACUAGAAGUGACUACGAGUACGACCCUAGUGAAGAACCAGUGUCUAGUAAUUAUUACCCAGUCACCACUAAAAUGGUAAUAAAAGAUCUACAGAAAGGUCUAGAAGUGGCAGUUUUGAACGAUCGAGCCCAAGGUGGUACCAGUUUACACGACGGCGACAUCGAAUUAAUGGUACAUCGACGAUGUACCAGAGACGACGCUUUUGGUGUCCAUGAAAUUCUAAGCGAGAAACAAUACGACGUCGGUCUUUACGUCCGCGGCCAACACUAUCUCACCUUCGGUACCAUAGAAUCCACAACCGACGGUACUACCAACCCCAUUUCCCAAAAAACUCUUCAACUUUUGCUUCUAGAUUUAUCCACAGCUGCGUUCGAGCGCGAACUCGCCCAGAGAAAACUCCUCACACCCUGGAUUCUCCUCUCCGACGCCACCACAACUUCCUUCAACUCCCUCGACAAGGUCCAAAAUCUCGUCAACUUCCAGUUCGCGGGUCUCACAAGGUCGCUUCCCGUCAACGUCCAGCUGCUCACGUUCGAGCCGUGGAAGGACGACUCCCACAUUUUGCGCUUCGAGCACAUCCUGGAGAAGGACGAGGAUCCCGUUUUGUCCCGGAGGGUCAUGAUUAAUCUAGAGAAUCUUUUCACCGGUUUUGAUGUUAUCGAGCUCGCGGAAACAACUCUCGGCGCUAAUCAAUUGUUGGACGACUACAACAAUGAGGAAAAACUAAUUUGGAACGGAAUUAUUCCCACGCCUUUAGCCAGAUUGGAUUCGGCUAAUCCUCUACAAAUUGAGCUGGGGCCUAUGCAAAUAAGGACUUUUAUUGUGAAGGUUGCGAAGAAGUGAAACGUUGAUGUGUAGAUACUGGCUUUUUUAAUAAAUAAAUAAAUGUGU